AUGUCAAAAAUUGAGGGGAUUAUACUUGGUGUAGGGGCCAAGAAAAAUCAUGGAUUUCAUAUUCACGCUGAAGGAUCUUUAGACAAUGACUGCGCAGGCGCCGGCGGCCAUUUUAAUCCCGAUCAGAAAACCCACGGAGCCCCUGAUGCUGAAGUGAGACAUCUUGGUGAUCUUGGAAAUGUUCAUGCUGAUCUAACAGGAACUGUCGAGCUGAGAAUUCAGGAUUCCAUGGUCAGCCUAUUCGCUGACGAAGAGCAUUCAAUCAUUGGCAAGGCUCUUGUUAUUCACGAAGGUGAAGACGAUCUAGGACUAGGAGGGGAUGAAGGAAGCCUGGCAACCGGAAAUGCGGGAGCUAGAGCCGGAUGUUGCAUCAUCAAAGAAGUCACCCAUUUCCGGAACUAAAUUGGACUUCUCCAAAAACCAUUAUUUUGUGUUAUUUUGUAAAAUAAACAUGAAAAUUCUUUUAAAAA